UGUAUCGCAUGACACGUAUUUGAACCCAGACCCAAGCCGUGUACGGCCUUAACUCCAACAACUUGCAGUUGCAGGACGCAGCGAUGCGCCCGAACACUCCAUUCCAGCAACACGCUUAGAGACGAUCAACACACGACACAUCUCCAGAAUGUCACUCGAAGAAGCGCACGCUCACCCGCCUCGCGCGCCCGACACACACCACCGCAAGAUCGAACUCCAGUCCCCUUACGACCUAACAUAUCUCCAAGCAAACCUAGCAGCAUCAGCAAAGGAGAAACUCGAUCUCCAUUUCCCUCCAUCGGCGGCCCAAAAGGGCGCAAAUACACGCGCACAGCCUGCCACCGUCAUCUCCUUGGACGGUGUAAAUCCUACAACCACCACUACCACAACCACUACCUCUUCGCAUGCGCCGGGCGCAGCCGGCAGCGAAACUGAACAACAAACAAAAGGUUCCAAAGAGGAAAAUGAAGAAGAAGACCCGCUCCGCGCCCGCGUCCGCGCCCUCGUGGACUCCUUCAUGACCCGAACAUGGGAGGGAGCGCGACAAAACAUCGUCGUCAACGGCAUGGACGCGACGUUGUUUCCUAUGUUGACGACCACUGCCGGUGCACGACAACAGCCCGGCGGAAAGGAGCAAGAGGAGAAAGAAGGAAUCGAUUUCGUCUACGAGCCCUACGACACGCGCCUCCAAGCCAAAGUUGCCGGACUCUACGGCGAACUAGAGGCUCUGACUGCUCAAGUGAGUAAAUUGAGAAGAGUGGCUCCAAAACAAGGCGCGACUGCGUAUGCGGACGCUUUGAUGGCGCGAAUUGCCGAGGAUGAGGCCGAGUUUGAGGCUCGGGUUGCUGCGAUUCGAGGCGAAAAGCAGAGCGUUCCUGCAGAGUGGGAGUUGAAACCGCCGCCCUCCACUGCUCGUGAAGGUUGGAGUGAUGAUGUUAAAGAGAUGUAUGAACGGGCGACUGGGCAAUUGGCUUCGUUGGCUGGUCUUGUAACAGCGGCGAACGAGGCUGAGUCGACGGUGGCACAAGGAGGCCAGCCUAGCCUUACAGAGACGGUUGGUAAGGUUCAACGUGCGACGACUGUGGCUAUGGAGUUCGAGUGAGAUGAGAUGACAAGACGGGGUCUAUAUCGACAACUACAACUACCUUGACGGAUUGCUGGUAAUGAUUUGGUCUUUGGGGGGAACAAUGUACCCACGGAUAUUUGCUUCUGGACUUCCGACUCCGAACUGGACGAGACAAUGGUUCCGGUUCGGGUUUGGCUCGCGUGCUUGAAGCCUGGAAUCGAGUUGACCGGGACCGUGUACGGCCACCAUCCUAAUGGGCAUUGGAUUUGCAGAAUGCAAGCCACCCACCCACCCCGGCCCUGGCGAACAGGUACAGCGCCCAUGGUCAAUCAAUAGACCCCUGGGCUGUUUCCGGUCUAGCAGCAGUGUCCAUCGACCUCGGACGGAACUUGGAAGGGAACGUCUACAAACAGGGCUGCAUUCCUGGGGCACUGUGUGGCUCCAUGGCGGCUUCUGAUUGUCGACACAAUGCCCAGAAUGUUCAGUUGGUGAAGACACUGGUACUGAACGCAAGUGCUGUGUGUCUAGCUACAGCUGGAGAUACAUGGGGACGUUGUACACCUCAUUUGGAAGGCAGUGCAGGUGUAGCACAAUCCUGCUGCUGCGCGAGCAGGGCAGAGCAUAUGAAAGUCUGUCCUUACAGUCGAUGCUUCUACAACAGGAGGGCGGACCACGAAAGCAUUUCGACAGAUUGCAAAGAAUGAAAGCUCCAACGGAGGGUAUCCCAGGAGAUACUAGCAUUGCAAGCCCUCCUCGCGAGCCUAAAGACUUUUAAGAAAGAAUACACGGAGAACAGGAUCAUGAUUGAAGGGGGAGCCCCGGGAGCGAAGGAGGGUGAGGCGUGCGCACUGUCUUAGUUGACCGUGGCCAGUCGUCAUAGAGGAGAUGCCAGGUUUGACAUGUGACUGGCGGUGCAACUGUGAAGCCAUGGCUUGGGGCUAGUAGUAGCAGCUCACCCAAUUCUCAAAUUCAACGCAUGAUGUACCUUCCAAUGGGUCGCUUCAGAUACCGAGUCGGCACUGUCCCUUGUGUGCUGUGCCCGAUCAUUCGUGAUCGUCCUUUUUGUUCUGUAACAUUCUCCAGCAUGAACUCUAAACCUUGUUCUUAUCCGCCGCCUUGUGUACGUCUUAAGCGUCCGCCAGAGGCAUCUUGGGUCCCUCGGCCGGAGCGUUCUCCGC